AUGCGCCCGAAAAGGCAGACGAGAUUGAACUUUACUCCUGUUUCAUCCUCCUCUCCUAAGGCGGUACACAGCUCCGCCCGAGCCACUGAUCGACUUGCUAAUGUUCGUUAUUCUCCAACCUUUAGCUCACCGCUCGCAUCAAAAGCGGCUGUCAAACGCGAGCCGAUCUCAAGUAGCCCGACUCCGUUGCGCAUAAUAAAGAGUGAGCCGUCGUCCGAUGAAGACGAGGAUCCCAUUCGGGCUCCAGGUUCGGCCUUUCGCUGUCGUCGAUUCUCAUUGCGCGAAGUAAAACAAGAACCAUCGUCCGACGACGACGAUGAAGAAGAAGAAGACACAGUCCGUGCCCCUCAUCCUAGCCGUAGAACGGGGAAAAGACCAAUUGUCGGAUCAAGCGACGAUAGUGGUGGUCAAGAAGACUCCGAUUCUGACGAUAUCGUUAAGCCAUCUCGCACAAAGCGCAGAAGGCACAAUGAAGAAGUAAAGACUCCUGUGCGGUCUCGUGACCAAUCAGAUCAAGAGAUGCGCGACCUAGAGGAGGAUAUGGAGGAUCUCCGGGACACUGCUACGACAAAACGCAGAACAAGGGGAUACGCCGCUCAGUCGGCCAGCAAACUUAGACAAAAGCAGCAGCUAGAGGCUCUGCGUCGUCGUCGUGCCGGUGAAAGACCAGCAACGGUAUCCCCGCCCGAGAAAUCAGAAAGUUCGCAGGAAGACGAAGAAGCGUCCAUAUUGUCCGUCUCUACUUCCUCGGACGAGGAUAUACUAGAGGAUAGCGACAUUGAGCCUGCCGUCCCAGAAGACCUUGAUAAAUACGAAGAUGAUUUUGUGUUGGAAGACGACGACGCCGAAAUUGGUGCCCCAGCGCACCUGGUUGACAUGCCAUUCGAGUUCUCCCGUCACCGGUACAAGCGACUUAGAGACCAUUUUAGAGACGUCGUCGAGUGGAUGGUGCAUAACAAACUGAACCCAGCGUUUUCUCGGGAAGACGAGGUGUAUAAAGUUGCGUUUAUUAAGGUCAAUGACGAAGUGACAGGUGUGGCGGGCUCGCAGUUGGUGUCUUCUGUCUGGAGCAAAAAGUUCAUACGAGCGCUUGAAGCCCGACCAGGUAUUGAAAUCACCCCCGAACCGCAUGCGAGGCUACUACAAAAUUGGUGUGACGCCUGCAACAGAUCAAAGCAUCCACCUAAAUUUGAUAUCCGCUUCACCGGGAAACCAUAUCUCCUGGAAACCCUGGAGCCGGUUUAUGAUGAUGAGGACAGCAUCGCUAGCGACGAUGUCGUCGAUGAAGAGGAAGAGACCGACCCGUUAGAUCGAAGCAACAUUGACCGCGAAGGCCGCCGGAUCGCUGACGAAAGUACUCAUUUCUACGUUGGAAGGUUCUGCAAAGCGAAAGCAACUAUGGCACACACCCUUAUCCACUGGCGCUUCCGCCUCAAUGAAUGGGUCAUUGAUUAUCUGGAGCGCAAAGGCGUCUUUUCAAACGCGAAAAUUUUGGAGCGAGAGCAUUGGAGUGUGAAGAAGAAGACGCGAUACGCGAAUGAGGUGGUGGAUGAGAUGCAAGAAAAGGAGAUCGAUCGGCUGUGGAAGGAUUUCAACUUGAAGUUGAAAGGGGCGAAGCAGGACGGAGGGGUCAUAGAUUUACUAGGGACCAGGGCUGACGGAUAA